AUGGCGAUUGUAAGUGCUGUGCGUGGUGUUGUGAGAAAUGUAACGAAAACGCUAAAUGCUGUGAGCCGUGCAAAACUACCAGAGGAAAAGACCAGACUUGCAAUAUUAAGAAAUGUAAAAGUUGUCAAAAGAUCGGUUUGUGGAAUAUUCCUGCUUUCGUUCAUCUGGUGUGUCAUCAUUAAGGAGUGGGGACCUUACUUAAAGGACGCAACUCAGUCGGUCACCCGACACUUCCAGAACGUCAGAUCAUUUACAAAACAGUAG